AUGAUGAUAUCCCUGGAUCUGGAGCAGCCGCAGCAGAAGCAGCAGCGAACCGGCAAUACUGUGGCCGCUGAUCGGAGUGUCAGCGAGACGCGUUACUACUCUGACGAUGGGACAAUUACCGGCGACAUUUGCGACAAGGAGGAAGGGCGGUUGCUGCUCGCAGGGGCGUGCGACAGUCGCGAGGAUGGCGGCGCAUCGAUGCGACAAUCGGCGGCAGAAGCGACGGCCACGGGUGAUGGCCACGGCACCAGCAGCGGUGCUGCUUCUGCUGCUGGUUGUGGUGCUGCUGAUGAUUCCGGGGAGGUGGAAGAAGGCGAGGGGGACGAUGGAGAGCCGAGCCUAUGGUCAGCAUUGGCGUUUGCAUGGGUGAGUCCGAUAGUGCGCAUGGGCGCGCGCAGAGCGCUGCAGCUGGCGGACCUACCCCCGCCCCCCCGCACCUGUCGCGCGGAAUGGCUGGACGCGCAAACGGCGCGCUUGCAAGGGGAGGGGCGGAAGGAGGAGGAGCUUUGGGAAGGGGGGCAGGCGGAAAAGCGGGGGGAAAGGAGAAGCGGUCAGUGCGUGGUGUCGGGCGGAUGGCGGGAUGAUUGCCCCGAGGGUGCGGUGGCCCGCGCUGGUGGGAUGGAUGGUGCGGUGAGGCAUCUCAGAACUCGGGCGGAUGGGGGGAUGGUUGCCCCCAGGGGCCCGCGAUGGUAUCGUGGGGUGGGCCGCGUUGGUCGGCUGUGGGCGGGGGGCAGGCGGAAGUGGCCUUUUUGGGCGGCUCUGUAUUGGCCGCACCGGUGGCAGCUGCUGCUGCUUGCAGUUCUGUUUCUCGGGGAGUCGAUUCUGCAAGUAAUCAAAGCCGUGCUGCUGUAUCAAAUGCGGAACUGCCGCGCGCAUCUGCAGCCGGGAGAGGGGAAGGUGUUUCUGCAGGAGUGA